GCGAGAGAAAUACCAGCGGUUCUUUUCUCCCCUCCCUGCUUGCUCCCUUGCAUAGCUAUCCUUUUCCCGCUUCGAUAGACAGCGGGGAAAAGACUAAUCCGACAGAGGAUUGUUCAGUUCAAGGGGAUGAAGAAUUCAGAAUAAUUUUGAUAAGUGGAUGCCAAUAUGGGGAAUAAGAAUAAGCUGAACAUUUGAUCUACUUUGAAGAAACAUACUGUCCAUUUGUCUAAAGUGGUUGAUAAUAACCAAACCAAUCAAAAUGAAUUCAACAAUAGUUUUCCAGGUUGAAAAUCAUUCCAUCAACUAUAAUUUUUCAAAGAAUAAUUCCCAGUUUUUGGCUUUUGAAAUUGAUGAUUGUCAUCUGCCUUUGGCCAUGAUAUUUACAUUAGCUCUAGCUUAUGGAGCUGUGAUUAUUCUUGGGGUCACUGGAAACUUGGCCUUGAUUGUAAUCAUCUUGAGACAAAAAGAGAUGAGAAAUGUUACCAACAUCCUGAUUGUGAACCUUUCCUUCUCAGACUUGCUUGUUGCCAUCAUGUGUCUCCCCUUCACAUUUGUCUACACAAUAAUGGACCAUUGGGUUUUUGGUGAGGCGAUGUGCAAGUUGAAUCCUUUUGUGCAAUGUGUUUCAAUCACUGUGUCCAUUUUCUCUCUGGUUCUCAUUGCUGUGGAACGACAUCAGCUGAUAAUCAACCCACGAGGGUGGAGACCAAAUAAUAGGCACGCUUACAUAGCUAUUGCUGUCAUUUGGCUUCUUGCUGUGGCUUCUUCUUUACCCUUCCUGAUCUAUCAAGUCAUGACAGAUGAACCACUCAAGAAUUUUACACUUGAUGGCUACAAGGACAAAUACGUAUGCUAUGAUAAAUUCCCAUCGGAAUUUCAUAGGUUGUCUUAUACCACUCUCCUCUUGGUGCUGCAGUAUUUUGGCCCACUCUGUUUUAUAUUUAUUUGCUACUUCAAGAUAUAUAUACGCUUAAAAAGGAGGAACAACAUGAUGGACAAGAUGAGAGACAACAAGUGCAGGUCCAGUGAAACCAAAAGAAUCAACAUCAUGCUGCUGUCCAUUGUGGUAGCAUUUGCAGUCUGCUGGCUGCCUCUUACCAUCUUUAACAUUGUGUUUGAUUGGAACCAUCAGGUUAUUGCUGUAUGCAACCAUAAUCUCUUCUUCCUGCUCUGCCACCUCACAGCAAUGAUAUCCACUUGUGUCAACCCCAUAUUUUAUGGAUUCCUAAACAAAAAUUUUCAGAGGGACUUGCAGUUCUUUUUUAACUUUUGUGAUUUCCGGUCUCGGGAUGAUGACUAUGAGACAAUAGCCAUGUCUACCAUGCACACAGAUGUUUCCAAGACUUCUUUGAAGCAAGCAAGCCCAGUCGCAUUUAAAAAAAUCAACAACAACGAUAAUGAUCUGAAACUGCUGUAGCCUAUGGUUCCAGCUCACAUCUGUUUUGAAACAAGCACAACCGGCAACAUCUUUUAUUGCCUGCUCAACCAAGGAAUGGGGUUGAACUCAUUGAGGAAAGAUGAAGAUCUUCCUGUGUUGAUUUUCACUGCUUUUCUUGUAGUUGUCACAAUUACAUUGGGGGGAAAAAAACGUAUGGGCUUUGGAAUCUUCUGAUAAAAGUUUUGACCAGACAUCCUUGAAAUGCUUUUUGUAAAUUUAUGCAUAUACUACAAAAACUUUUUAUAUUGUAUUUGUUGGAAUGAACUUUCUUUAAAGUAUUACUACUAACAACUUUAGAAGCACUACAUCUGAUAUUCUCAUUACAUUCUUGAUUAGAUUGUCACUAGGUUGGAUGAUCCUGAUGUAAUGAUAGGCAUCAUUUCAGUCUGUUACAGAGGUGACAGCAUGCAAAUAGCAUCCAGGAUGUGGAGGUAAAAGAGAGUCUAUGUCUUGCAUACCUAUAGUCUAAAGUCAUUCAGGAGUUAUUUGUUGUUGUUUUUUUUUAAUUUUAAGCAGGAUUUAAUUUGCUUCUAAUUAUCACUUAUACAAGUAUACUUCUCUGUGAAUACAAUGGGGGAUUGGGCCACCCACAAGAGUUAAGUGGGAAAACAGUUCCCUAACUUUAAAACUGUUUUGGUACCCAACAAUCAAAGGAUUUCAAAGUAAUUAGUUUGAAUUAUAUUUAUUUGAAUUGAUGGUCAAAGGGUUUUCCAUUCUUCACAAACUGUUCAGUAUUUGCAAAUUGUCAAGCUUUCUAGCAUAAAUAUACCUGCAAUUCAAAAAGCAUUUACAGCUUACAAUUUAUAAAAACACUAAGUGUAUUUAUCAUAUAUCAGUGUCCAUAUAGUAUUUCAUUUUUACUUUUCAACGUCCAUCUUCAAAAAAAGACACCAAGAUACAAUGUUAAAAGAAUGUUCACCCUGGCUAGCAGGGAUAAAUACCUGAAAGCUGAAAACACUUCAUAUAGCCCAUGUUGAUCUGUAUAAACUAUGUGGAGUCUUUUAAAUAAUGCACUAUAUAGAAUCUUGAGUAGUUGUGUCAUGUUAAUACACUUAAUUUCAUGUAUCCUGUAAUCAUGAUUGAGCCUCAGAAUCAGUUAGAGAAAAGAUAUUUUAAAGAACAAGACAUAUCUUUGAUGUAGUAUACACACAAAGUAUUAAAUGUGUUUAUUUUAGAA